CCCAUAGCAAGUCCGUGCCUUUGGGCUGAUGACCGAGACGAGAAACGCAGAGAAACAUGAACGGGUUCGCGAUCUGAAGUGCCGUUUGCACGAUUUGAGCGGCCGUGAACAGUUGAUGAUGGUGGCUGCGAAGCAAGCAGAUGUUCGUCUUCACGAAUUUCCUGAGCUUGGACACUUUUUUCCAGAUCUUCACAUUGAUGUGAAGUCGUGCAGAGCAGCUCUCGUCCGAUUCCUUUUCAGCAAGUGCUUGCACUAUGGCCUGAUUUUUUUGUUGCUCAUUGAUGUCAUAUUGGUCAUGGGAGGAUUGCAAAUCAAAAUCGAAGUGGUGGCAUUGCAAGGAAUGGCUAUUGGCUCUUGUUAUAGCACUGCAUUGGAGGCCAACUCCUCGAGUCAGGAACAUCACUUCCAUGGUCUCGAGAGUGGUAUGGAGUGUGUGAGAGAACAAUCCACGUACGAGUUUGCGGAGGCGUUGGAGGAUGUAGAUUUUGUGUUCAUCAUCCUGAGCAUCAUCAUUCUGAGCAUUUUUCUUGCCGAGAACAUUCUCUUUAUUCUGGCUUUUCGGUGGAAUUACUUCAAGAUCAUUUUUUUCCCACUGGACCUUUUUGUGGUUCUCUUGUCUUUGUUCACAGAGUUCCUCAGUUUGUUCGGUCCCUCUUUGGGAGACAUAGAGAAUCCUCUACGAACCUUGGGACCGAAUUCCAGCAUGUCCAACGGGGCAAUUUCACCCUUGAUUGCCGUGCUGAUUCUUGGACGAUUCUGGCGGUUCAUUCGUAUUGGCCAUGCAGUUUACCUCCUUCAGGGAUCUGAGGAGCAUGAGGAGACCUUGAAGGAAGAGUACAACAGCACGACACUACAGCAGUACAAGUCUCACAUUGAACCCAAGCGUGACCUGGAAGGUGAAGCUUGGGUUGUCACUGAUGUCGGCGAGCAGCCACAACCAUAGAUCGGUACAUGCGAACUCGCCAAUCUGAGACUAGAGCACCAACAGCUCGGAUCCGUUGGACGACAUUGACGCAGCAGUUUUGAUCGAAACUCGUGGCUGUUGCUGGGAAUUCGAUUUUUCUGCAGGUUUCCUGAGGUUUCCUCGUUUUUUUUUCCAUGUGGCAUGCCCUAAGGAGGGCCAAAGAGCCGCAGGAAAUAGGUUGGCCUUGAACAUCGGGACCAAAAUGAAAGACCCUCAACAGAAAUAGUUGCCUGUGCAAUCCCGUGUGAAAA